CAGACUUGUCAGUUGUGCACGAGGCACGAGGCACUAGUCGUCGGCGAGCUUUCGGCUAUGAUGGUCACGUUGCUCCCCCGUUGCAGCCGAUAGUACAAACGGAACCUCCACUCCACUGGGCCGCCGGUGCGCUGCCCUUCCCGGCCCACGGCCUUUAAAAAGCCGCUUUUGCUCCAACGCUUUUUUGCCGUGCUCGUAUACCAAUUGAACUAAUAAGGUAUGCGAGGGCGGGAGUCAUCGUGAACGCGCAGCGUCAGCGAAAAGCGACAAAAUUUUUCGUCGACGAACGAAGAAGAUUUGAAAGAAAGUGCAGUGAAACGGACGUGCGCGCUGAAACGCGACCGAAUGAUACCCGAGACCCCGUGACGUUUCCUCUUCAAUUUUUAUUGUCGUGUGCACGCGAGCGAGCUUGACGUUUUGAAUCAUCCUCGUUAUCUCCAUUCGCCAUGACCACUCCGACGACCCACUGCUCGCCGUCGCGGUCGUCGCUGAGUUGCUGCCAGUUCGACCGCAGCAGCCAGGACGACAUGCGAGGACCGGCUAUCAUCGGCAACAACAAUUAUUUCCUCCAGCGGGAGAAGCACUCCUUCCCGAAAAGGCCCCAGGUCGACCUGUCCUUCCGCGACAUACGCUACCGCGUCAAGGAAUGGAGCAUACGCAACUUCUCGAUCCGCGAGAAAGAAAUUCUGCACGGCGUCAGCGGCGAAUUCAAGUCCGGCGAAUUGGUGGCUAUAAUGGGACCAUCCGGAGCCGGAAAAUCGACGUUGCUGAACGCUCUCGCCGGUUUCACGGUAAAGGGUGUAAGCGGAGAAGUUCGGGUCAACGGUAAGGUACGAUCACCGCAAAGCGAACGAUGGAAGAGGACGUCGUGUUACAUACAGCAGGACUCCAUUCUCAGAACGUUCAUCACCGUGGGAGAAGCCAUGACGUUAGCUGCUCAUUUGAAGCUCGGUUACACAAUCAGUUCUGCUUAUAAACACUCUCAGGUUUUAGAGCUGUUGGAAAUGCUAGGGCUGAGCCACUGCUAUGACACGUUAUGCGGAAAGUUGUCCGGCGGACAGAAGAAACGGCUCGAUAUCGCCUUGGAACUCCUAACUAAUCCUUCAGUAUUAUUUCUCGACGAACCAACGACUGGCCUGGAUUCCUCUUCGUGCAGCCAAUGCGUCGGUCUCAUGAAACGAUUGGCGGAAUUAGAAAGGCGUACGGUAAUAUGCACGAUUCAUCAGCCGAGUGCCUUGCUCCUGGAGAUGUUUGAUACCCUGUACGUGGUGGCUGGCGGUUACUGCAUAUACAAAGGCCCGGUCAGCUCGUUGUUACCGCACCUGGCCUCUGUCGGCGCUCAUUGUCCGCCUUAUCACAACCCAGCGGAUUUCGUCAUCGAGGUGGCGAUCGGCGAAUACGGGACUUCGCUCGAUAAGCUGGUGGCAGCGGCGGAAACGCUACCGAAUGAUCAGAAGAGGACGGUCGCUCUUACCACGGAUCAGCCUGAGGAAGCGGAAAAAGUCAAGGAACCACCACCACCCGCCGGUUUCCUGACGCAAUGCUAUCUUCUUUACAAGAGGCAGCUACUAAGCUUGAAAAGAGAUUACUCGUUAUUGAUGGCGCGAUUGCUUUGUCAUCUGCUAAUCGGCUUAUUGUUCGGAUAUCUAUACAAGGGAAGCGGCUAUCGAGCUAAUGUCUUAGCGAAUUACGUUUAUCUGUACGGAUCGUUGCUGCUUCUUGUGUACACCGGGAAAAUGGCUGUUACUCUUGCCUUCCCACUGGAGAUGCGGAUUCUCAUGAGGGAGCAUUUCAAUCGGUGGUACCGGCUAGCGCCGUAUUAUAUCAGCAUAUUGCUGGUCGAGAUACCCUUCCAAGCGGCAUGUGCGACGUCGUAUCUGGUAGUGAGCUACUGGCUGACCGGACAGCCCAUAGAAACGAAUCGUAUAAUAUUCUUCAUGGUAGUCAGCAUCGCUGCCAGCCUGACGGCCCAAGCGUGGGGUUUCUUCAUCGGCGUCACCACGCCGAUUAAGAUCGCCGUCUUCCUUGGCCCGAUAAUUGCGGUGCUGUUCUCCAUCUUCGGCUUCUGCAUACGUUACUUCGACACGCCGCACGUGUUCCGCUGGAUGUUCCAUAUAUCAUAUUUCCGUGCGGGUUUCCACAGUCUGUUGUACACCGUAUACGGAUAUGACAGGAUGGACUUGCUGUGCGAAGAAUUUUAUUGUCACUACAAGAGGCCCAGCAAGUUUCUCAACGAGAUGGAGAUCAACGAUGUAAACGUGGUCAACAAUCUGGUACUUAUCCUCGGUAUCGGGGUGCUGAUGCAUCUUCUAACGGCCAGCGCGCUUUGGUGCAAGCUCAACAGAAGAUGAACCAAACACUUGUUCUGACUUGUCACUGAUCUUGUCAAAUACAGUAUUGCACACAGUCCCUUUGAGGAACGACAUAGGAAUUCUGAUAGGCUUUUCCCAUGAGAAAUGCGAAAAUACGAAGAGAUUCCAUGGGAGAGAUUUCACAGGAAACUUUAAGAAGGUUAAAAAAAUCGCUAAGAAUUAGUGAAAUCAUUAUUUCUUUAGUCCUUGAUCUCGCUGGAAAUGAGAUGUUUCGCGAGGAUUUUGCGAAUGUUUUCUAUCGAUUCGAAGAUCGAGAGAAGACUGGAUGUCAUCCAUGUGAAUCUUUUGAAGCUACCAGUCGCAGAGGCUUUUUAAAAGUACUCUAGCGGAAUAAAGUACUAAUCGAAAUUAUUUUGUAUUAAUUGUUAUCGUGACAAGAUGCUAUGAUCCACCUGCAACUUCGUUCGCAAAAAGCGGUGAUAUUCAAGAAUUAUAUAAAGCUGAAUAUAUGUAUAUAAGUGAGAGUGAUAACUAAGGGACAAAUAUUUACAUGACACAGCGCGCAUUUGAGCACCGCUAUUAUAGUUUCUAAUUGUAUUUAAAGCCCUAAAAAUGUACUAAACAAUAUAAAAUACUAGUUUAAACUUUAGUGUUUAUUUAAACCGCGUUUUUAGUAUUAUCUAUGGAUAUGUGAAGGUUUCGUUAACUAAAUAUUUCGCACUCUCUAUUUGCACACAAUAUCUUACCAUAGGAAACACGAUCUUCUUUCUGAAAGAAUAUAAGAAUAUAAGAAAAGUAUUUUAUAAAAAAAAAUAAGCGGAAAUAAAUAAUCGUUGAAUCUCUCUAAGAGGAAGUGGUUCUUCUUUUAUACUAAUUUAUUAUUGUUUAAGUCACUCUUUAUGACAAAAGAGUAGUAUAAACUGAUAUUUACUCUCAUUUUCUUUAUUUCAUGCUGCAUCUGUAUUAUUUCUACAUUUAAGUACAUGUAUUAUUCCAAAUCCUUAUACAAUACGAUAUAAUCCAAAGUGACACAAUCCCAUCACCUAACCAACUAAUAGGCUUGAAAAUUUAUACACGAGCACAUAUUUUUUUAUGUAAUGUAAUUUACAAUCCUAACAUUAAAUAUUUUAUUUUAACGUCUGCAACAUCAAUGAGGAUGUAAUCAACACAUGAAGGAAUAGUCUUAUAAUAAUGAAGUUAUCAAUUAUGAAUAAUUGAAGGAAAGUGAGACAUGUUAUAUGUGCACAUAAAGAAGAAAUGUUGGUAAUAAAAUUACAUAUCAUCAGA